GGCAGCCUAUGACAUCAGCCAGGAACCCUGGGAUGCCGCAGCUCUUGGCCAACCUCAGAGGAGGAGGAGGAGGAGGAGGGUCCUGCCGGCUAAGAGUUAAUUAGCCCCGCACCGCGAAGGGGGGAGGCGCCAGUUUCCUGGGGACACUGGCUGCCACUGUACGUACUCCUACCCAGGGGAGCUCACAGAGAGUUGGAUGAAUUCUGAGUUGUUAGCUGCGGUCAGCUGGGCUCCCGGGAGCCUGUUCCUGGUGGAAAACAGGGGGCGCCUGGCACAGGGACCAGCGGCUUGCUGAGAGAUUCAACAUGACACUUCUGGGGUCUGAGCAUUCUUUGCUGAUUAGAAGCAAGUUCAGAUCAGUUUUACAGUUACGACUUCAACAGAGAAGGACCCAGGAGCAGCUGGCUAACCAAGGCCUCAUACCACCACUGAAAAGUCCAACUGAAUUCCAUGAGCCAAGAAAAAGUUUGGAUAGUGACAAGACUGAAGAUUCCUUGAAACGCAAGGGCAGAAACAGAUCCAACCGUGCCGACUUGGUUACUAUGCACAUACUCCAAGCCUCCACUGCAGAGAGGUCCAUUCCAACUGUUCAGAUGAAGUUGAAAAGAGCCCGCCUCGCCGAUGAUCUCAAUGAAAAGAUUGCUCUCCGACCAGGGCCACUGGAGCUGGUGGAGAAGAACAUACUCCCCGUGGAUUCUGCUGUGAAAGAAGCCAUAAAAGGAAACCAGGUGAGUUUCUCCAAAUCAGCAGACGCCUUUGCCUUUGAAGAGGACAGCAGCGGCGAUGGGCUCUCUCCAGAUCAGACUCGAAGCGAAGACCCCCAGAGCUCAGCAGGAUCCCCACCAGAUGCUAAAGCUACGGAAGCCCCUUUGGCAGGCCCUCUGGGAACAAUUCAGGAUCUUGCUUCUGGCUCAGAAAAUGACAAGAAUGAUUCCGCCUCACAGUCCAGCAAUCAGCCAGACACUGGGAAGCAGGGUCUUGGCCCCCUCAGUGCCCCCAUCCCUGUGCAUGCUGCUGUAAAGUCCAAGUCCUUGGGUGACAGUAAGAAUCGCCACAAAAAGCCCAAGGACCCCAAGCCCAAGGUGAAGAAGCUUAAAUAUCACCAGUACAUUCCCCCUGACCAGAAGGCAGAGAAGUCCCCACCGCCCAUGGACUCAGCUUAUGCUCGGCUGCUCCAGCAACAACAGCUGUUCCUGCAGCUCCAGAUUCUCAGCCAGCAGCAGCAGCAGCAGCAACAACAACAACAACAACACAGAUUCAACUACCCUGGGAUGCACCAAGYACAACUCAAAGAACCCAACGAACAGAUGGUCCGAAAUCCAAACUCCUCUUCAGCACCACUGAGCAAUACCCCUCUGUCUCCCGUCAAAAACAGUUUUUCUGGACAAACCGGUGUCUCUUCUUUCAAGCCAGGCCCACUCCCACCUAACCUGGAUGAUCUAAAGGUCUCUGAAUUAAGACAACAGCUUCGGAUACGGGGCUUGCCSGUGUCAGGCACCAAAACGGCUCUUAUGGACCGGCUUCGACCCUUCCAGGACUGUUCCGGCAACUCUGUACCCAACUUCGGCGACAUAACGACUGUCACUUUUCCCGUGACACCCAACGCGCUGCCCAAUUACCAGUCGUCCCCUUCCACCAGUGCCUUAUCCAAUGGCUUCUACCGCUUCGGCAGCACCAGCUCCAGCCCCCCAAUCUCCCCCGCCUCCUCUGACCUGUCGGUGGCCGGGUCCCUGCCGGACACCUUCACCGACGCCUCUCCGUCCUUUGGUCUGCACCCGUCCCCAGUGCACGUCUGCACGGAGGAAAGUCUCAUGAGCAGCCUGAACGGGGGCUCGGGUCCUUCGGAGCUGGACGGGCUGGACUCCGAGAAGGACAAGAUGCUGGUGGAGAAGCAGAAGGUGAUCAAUGAACUGACCUGGAAACUGCAGCAAGAGCAAAGGCAGGUGGAAGAGCUGAGGAUGCAGCUUCAGAAGCAGAAAAGCAAUAACUGUUCGGAGAAGAAGCCCCUGCCCUUCUUAGCUGCCCCCAUCAAGCAGGAAGAUGCGGUCUCCAGCUGUCCUUUUGCAUCCCAACAAGUGUCCGUGAAAGGACAAAACAGCUCCGAGAGUCAACCCCCCGCUUGCGAAGCGGCUCCACUCCUGCCCCUUGGAAACGCUCACUGUGUGGAGUCCUCAGGUCAAACCAAUGUACUUUCUUCCACGUUUCUCAGUCCCCAGUGCUCUCCACAGCAUUCGCCCCUGGGAACCYUGAAAAGCCCGCAGCACAUCAGUCUGCCCCCAUCACCCAACAACCAUUACUUCCUACCCUCAUCUUCCGGGGCGCAGGGAGAAGGGCACAGGGUCUCCUCACCCAUCAGCCAGGUGUGCACCACACAGAACUCAGGGGCACACGAUGGCCAUCCUCCAAGCUUCUCUCCCCAGCCUUCCAGCCUCCACCCGCCUUUCUCUGGAGCCCAAGCAGAUAGCAGCCAUGGUGCUGGGAGCAACCCUUGCCCCAAAAGCCCAGGUGUACAGCCAAAGAUGGCUGGUUUACACCCUUCUGAUCAGGCGGGGCCCAAGUUUUCGAUCGCAUCCCCAACUUUUCCUAAGUCCAGUUCAACGGUUUCCGAGAUAACACAGCCUCCUUCCUAUGAAGAUGCGGUCAAGCAGCAAAUGACUCGGAGUCAACAGAUGGAUGAACUCCUAGAUGUCCUCAUUGAGAGUGGAGAAAUGCCCGCCGAUGCCAGAGAGGAUCACUCAUGUCUUCAAAAAGUCCCAAAGAUACCAGGGCCUUCCCGAAGUCCUGCUGUGGUCCUCCCCAAGCCCUCGGCCUCCUGUGAACCAGCCUCUUCAGGAGGACAGCUCUCCUUUGAUCACUAUGCUGCCGACAGCGAGGAGCACCUGGAAGUCUUAUUAAAUCCCCACAGCCCCUUAGGGAAGAUGAGCGACGUGGCCCUUCUCAAAAUCGGGAACGAGGAGCCUGCUUUCGAUGGGAUCAUGGAUGGCUUCUCCGGGAAGGCUGCAGAAGACCUCUUCAAUGCACAUGAGAUCUUGCCUGGGCCCCUCUCCCCCAUGCAGACGCAGUUUUCACCCUCUUCUGUGGACAGCAGUGGGCUGCAGUUAAGCUUCACAGAAUCUCCGUGGGAGACCAUGGAGUGGCUGGACCUCACUCCACCCAGCUCCACACCAGGCUUUAGCUCCCUUGCCACCAGCGGCCCCAGCAUCUUCAACAUUGAUUUCCUGGAUGUCACAGAUCUCAAUUUGAAUUCUCCCAUGGACCUUCACUUACAGCAGUGGUAGAAUGCCAACGCUCAGAAAGACCAGUAGGAAUUCCAUGGYGGGGGAUAUCUAUCACACAACCCUUAAGUACUUCCCUUAUCUAGAAGAAGARGAAAAUCCAAAAGAAGCAAUGGGAGCUUCUGUGAUAAUAAGAAUAAGCAGGAGUCAUUUUUUAAAAAAACAUAUGUUAUAUUUACUAACAUUCAGUAACUGUUUAAUAAUUUCAGCAGUGCAUUCAGAAAUGUGCAUUUUCAAGAGUACAGAUGCAAAAAAAAAUUUUUUUUUUCACUGCCUUUUGGAAUACCAAUAUUUUUUCUAGCCCAUAGUUUUUCUCAGGCAUUAUUGGAGCAGAAGCUCAUACUGUGAGCUUUUGUCAUGAAUUUAUUAGAAUUACUAUUUAAAAAAAAAAGUCUUUGGAGAGCAUGAGGAAGCCAGCCCUUAAAAGAUUAUGGAAGAUAUAUGGAUGGUGGAGGCUGCUUCCUACAUCUCCAUUGUCUGUCUUUCAAAAGAGCAACAAGGUCCWACUUCAGUUAGGGAGUCCUCGAGGCAAUAGAGGGACAGAACCAAUCCAUUCCCAGGAAAGCAAAAUCAACAUAAUGUCCUUCCACCCCAAAACUGUCCCCACUGGAGUGGUUCCAAUCCUAGACUGUGUGAUCACUGAUAAACAACUAACUUGCACUGAGUCCAGAGAAUUCCAUCUAGACCUGUUUUGUUUUUUCUUUUUCUUUUUCUGCCAGUAACCCAGUCAUUACCACCAUCUGGGUGCUGAUAAGCAUUGUGUAAUAGGUGAGAACUUUAAAGGAAGAAGACCAUGGAAGAAGAUUUCUCAGAUUCUUCUACAUAAACCCCUUUAGUUCCAAAAGCUAGAGAUAGGCAGGCAGAAAGGUAUCUCUAGACCCAGGAAGCCAUUAUCAGGGAUAMUUUAGACAAAAAACAGCAUUCUUCACACCUCCUAGGAAUGCAUGCCAUGGAUUGCUAUCACAGGACUGUUCUCAUAGAGGUCCAACUUGUUGUUGUUGUUGUUGCGUUGUUCUUGUUCUGGUUCUUAUGAUGGGAAGGGGGGUCCACCUCAGUUUAUCUUUCUCCCACUCCAUUUAUCUUUCAAGAUAUCAACCCUUUCUUACUCCUCUUUUUGAAGAUCUCUCUCUCUCCCUCUUUUUUUUUUUUU